GAAAAUGGCGUCAGCUAAGUUUCUCGAGGAAGCUCUGAGUACAGAUGUUGAUGAAUCGGCCGUAAGUGCGAUCGUAGGCUCCUUAGAGAAUCAGCUCGUAACAUCAACACCCCCAGCGUCGUCUCAGACUGGCUCAGCCAUCGUGAUUAAUCAAAACCACGUAAACAGUGCAAUAUCCAACGGCGGGACAGUUGCCCCACAGAAACAUGGGACUAUUGCCAAUGGUGAUUCGAUCAGUGGUGUAAACGCUAUAAGCGCGAACGAUGGAAACAAACAAGUGAAUAAUGCCAACGCGAUGUUGAUAGGUACUAAUACGGGGGGACCAGUGACGACUUCUUAUGUGAACCAAAGUGUCGCGAUAGACUCGAACGCUAACAAACCCUCUGACGGUGUUAAGCUCGUGUACUCCCAAGGCAACCAAGUCAUGUCCAACUCCGGGACCAUUAUCCAAACUAGAGUCACUCUUCCAAACGGCACCAUAGGAGGCCUACCUCCUCAGACAGUCCUCCAGACCACUCCUACCAAUGUACAAACUAUUCAAAACAAACAACCCACGCUGGUGCUCAAAUCCAGCGGAGCUCCCGGGGCCACUGGACUCGUCACUGUACCUAUGAACGUAGCCUCUUCGAUGGGCCAGGCUAAUAACGUAGGUAGCCCUAGCACUCAAUCCCCCAAUAUCCUUUCCAACCUCCAGGUAGUCAAUGUGCGGCCUGGAGUUCCUACUCAGCAGCAGAAAGGGCAACCAGCUCGUGUAGUGCUAAGUGCACCUCAAUUAGUCGGGGCCCGACCUGGGACUCCAGGGACGUUGCUGAUCAAGACUGAAAAUGGACAGUACCAGCUGCUUAGACUCGGACCCGCCCCUCCGCAGGGCAUCAAUUCCUCCCAGGCUGCAGGGCAGCCGGUUACGUUUAGGAUGCAAACUGUACAAGCGAGUACUGCUGCAACCAAUCCAGUUCAGGCCGGUGCUACGACUACAGUAACUUCUGCUGCGCAACCGGUUGUUCAUCAAGGACAAGUGGGACAGGUGCAAGUGCAGGUGCAGCGACCUGCGAACGACAAUACCAAAGAAAAAUGUAGAAAAUUCCUCGCCAAUUUGUUAGAGUUAUCAAGUCGAGAGCCUAAAUCUGUAGAAAGAAACGUGCGACAGCUUAUCCAAGAACUCAUAGACAACAAGGUGGAACCUGAAGACUUCUGUGACAAAUUAGAACGAUUAUUGAAUGCUUCCCCACAACCGUGCCUCAUAGGAUUUCUGAAGAAAAGUCUGCCCCUUCUGCGGCAUUCCCUCGCCACGCAAGAACUUAGCAUAGACGGCAUCCGGCCCCCGCCGACCAACGUGGUCUUUUCGAUAGCGGGGGCCACCCCCACGGUCCAGACCAUCCGACCCGCGGGCAUCCAAGCCAACCAAGUGAGGAUAGUUACCCCGGGUACGACGGUGGUGCGGCCCGGCCAAGUCAUCCAACAGCGACUGGUCACCCCUAUCAGGGCGCCCGCAGCACAACCCACGAGGAUGGUCACGUCCAUUCGACAACCGAUAGCUAAUAAUGUGAUAGUGUCUUCGUCGCAGCCUCCGGCCUUACAUCCUGUCUAUCCCAAUGGACAGCAAGUUAGGACCGGAUUGAUUAGACAACCUGUGCAAGUACGAACCCUAGCGCCCAGCCAAAUUCGACAGCAAAUGCCAGUUCGGCCGGCCCUCCCACUCCAAAAGCAACUCGGAGCCAUCAAACAGCAGGGGACGAAACCAACAGUGCCUUCUAACCUCAAGCCGUUAGCCAAAGACAAAGAGAAGAAGACGUUCUCGUCGGCGUACACCGGAGAUGACGACAUCAACGACGUGGCCGCCAUGGGCGGCGUCAAUCUCGCCGAGGAGACGCAAAAGAUCCUCGGAUCCACCGAAUUCGUAGGUACCCAAAUUAGAUCUUGUAAAGAAGAAGUGAUGUGCUCGAUGCCACCUCUUCAGCAAAGGAUACGACAGGCAAUGGCUAAACACGGCCUGGACGAACCCGGUACCGACGUGGCAGCGUGUAUAUCCCACGCAGCUCAGGAGAGGCUCAGAGAUCUCAUAGAAAAAUUGUCCGUUAUUUCCGAACAUAGGUUGGAUAAUAUUAAGACGAAUACGCGGUACGACAUUACGAACGAUAUUAAAGGUCAAUUAAAGUUUCUCGAAGAUCUCGAUAAAGCCGAGAGGAAGAGGCAUGAAGAGAUGGAACGGGAGGUGUUGAUGAGGGCGGCGAAAAGUCGGUCGCGGACGGAAGACCCCGAGCAAGCUAAGCUGAAGGCAAAGGCGAAAGAGAUGCAGAGGGUGGAGAUGGAGGAGUUGAGGCAGCGAGAGGCUAACGCGACGGCGUUGCAGGCGAUAGGUCCUAGGAAAAAGCCUAGGAUGGACGGAGAAUUAGCCAAUACAACCCAAUCGAACGUGGGAGGUCCGGGUAGCGGUAUACGAGGCCAACUCCCUCUCCGACAGCGCAUGAAGAAGGUGACGUUACGCGACAUUCAGUUCCUGUUCGAGACGGAGAAGGACCUCUGCAAGAGUCACAUCUUGUACAAGUCCUACCUUAAGUGAUGCACGCUUCUUCUCGUUAGUGUUGUGAUAUGUACUUGUAGGGACCUUGUUAGCAGGCCAUCUCUCUCUUUUCGAAUUCGGAUGAUAAUACGUAUUGAUCAAUCCGGGGAACCGACGACGACGGUCUAACGUUAUUUUGUUUCGUGACGAGACGUCUCGUAACGCCACAGUUCGUAACGCCACAAAUCGUAACGUUAUCAAUUCGUAACGGCGACACUUGUAACGUAGCAAAUCGUAACGGUAUAAUUCGUAACGUCAAAAUUGAAUUAUUCGACCUUUUAUUACAGUUGCAAUUGAAAUUACGUUUAUCGAUUUAACGAACCAGUAUCAGGAUAAACAUUUUUAAGACAUUUUAUAUUUCAUGGAGAAAUAUGUUUUUAAAAUUGUCUUAAAAUAAAUAUAAUCUAUAGUCCGUUCGCUAAACUCAGACUCAACUGGCUAGUGAUUUAAGCUAAUAAUUUUGCCAAUUUGAUAAAAUUGACAAAAAAAGAAUUACUAAAUAGUUAAUAAUUACUAAAUAUUUAGUAAUUUUGCAAAUUUGGUCAAAAUUGGCAAAAAACAAAAAAAUUACGUACUAAAAUCAUUAGCCAUUUGUGUCUGAGUUUAGCGAACCGACUAUAGUAGGUAAUGUAAAUUGUAGUAAUUAUUACAGUAAAUACAUUAUUAUGAAACUUUAUUUGUUUCAGUAUAUUUCAGACUUAGUUUUACUACUUUAAAGUGAUCAUUGAAGAUAAAGAAUUUAAAAAAAUAAGUUGUCAUAAUAACAACAAUACAUUACAGCGUGUCUGCGUAAAUUGGGACCAUAUGGGAAACUUUUUUAAUAUCAAUUUUACGAAAAAAGGCUAUUCUUUAUAAAGUGCUCUACAUAGUCUAAAACCUAAGAUGCAAUCAUCAGAUAUCAAAUUUUAUCAAUAAUAUACGAGGUAUGUCGAAAAAUAUGAAUUUCGCUCAAGAGUAAAGUGCGUUUAUAUUUCACAAUAUCAAAAAUUGUUAUUAAGAAAAGUUGUUUGUAAUUAAAAAUUAUGUUAUAAUACGCAUUUACACUCUUCUAAUUGAAAAAAAAAAAAAAAUAAAAAUUUUCCUCAAAUUACGGAUACCCAACAUCAUUUUUAUUUAAGGUUAUUAUUAUUAAUUUUGCGAAAAAAAGUUAUUCUUUAUAAAAAUGUCUGAAUAGUCAAUAAACUAACAUGCAAUCAUAAGAUAUCAAUUCUUUUCAAUUUUAUACGAGGUAUGUCAAAAAAUAUGAAUUUCGCUCAAGAGUAAAAUACCAUUAUAGUUCACAAUAUUUCAACUAGAAGGAUGCAAUUGCAUAUUGAAACAGUUUCUAGUUCUGAACAACUUUUUAUAUAAUAUUAUAUAUAAUUUAUAUAACAAAUUAAUAUAUAAUUUUAAUAACAAAUUUCAAUAUUGUGAAAGAUAAAGGUACUUUACUCUUCAGCGAAAUUCAUAUUUUUUGACAUACCUCGUAUAAAAUUGACAAAAUUUAAUAUCUUAUAAUUUUUUCUUAGUUGUCAGACUAUGCAGAACGUUUUAUAAAGAAUAACUUUUUUCGUAAAAUUAAUAAUAACUGAGCUAAUAUCAUAAAUAAAAAUGAUGUUGGGUGUCCGUGAUUUGAAGAAAAUUUUCAAAAAAAUUUUUUAAUUAGAAGGGUGUAAAUGCAGAUUAUAACAUAAUUUUUAAUUACAAACAACUUUUCUCAAUGCCAAUUUUCGAUAUUGUGAAGAAUAUAGGCACUUUACUCUUGAGCGAAAUUUAUAUUUUUUGACAUACCUCGUAUACUGUUGAUAAAAUUUUAUAUCUGAUGAUUGCGUCUUAGGUUUAAGAUUAUGUAGACCACUUUAUAAAGAAUAACUUUUUUUCGUAAAAUUGAUAUUAAAAAAGUUUCCCAUAUGGUUCCAAGUUACGCAGACACACUGUAUACAAAAAUAUGCGUGAAAUAUAUUUAAAAUGAAGAGGUCUUAAAAAAAGUACCAUUACUUUUAGUGUCGGAAUAUAUGCAAAAUGCAUUUUUGUAUAAAUUCAGUAAUACUAAAUUUGGUAAUAAAACUUAAAUGGCGUUACGAAUAUGUAUAGUUACGAACUGUCGCCGUUACGAAUUACGGCGUUACGAAUUGUGGCGUUACGAGAUGUCACGGAACCCUUUUUGCGGUUGCGUCGAUGACAAGUGACAGUUUGACGGUUUUUCAAGUGCCUUAGAACGACGUUUUCAUUGUUUUGCGAUAUUAUUGAAAAUAUUCUUUCAUAGCGAUGAAAGAAAAUCUUAAAUAAUAAUAAACACACUAUAAAUGUUGGUAUUUUUAUUAUAAAAUACGCGUUUUAAUAGGCUUACGUGAUUAAUAGUUUCCAGAAAGAAGAAGAAAACGUAGAAUGCUCUGAUCUAAAUGGAUCUAGUGACCUAUAUAAUUGAUCUAAAAAUUAUCUGAAUAUCACCCCGUUGUUAUAUUCACUGCCCCAAAUUAGUCUUCUAAGUCAUUCUCUUGUUCCUUUAGUUAAGAUAUUGUUGCUUAUGUUCUAAGUACUUAGGAGUUUAGACUUUCUUGUAAAUUGUCGUUUUGGAAAUUUUAUGUGUGGUCAAUCUUGUUGUAUGGUUGUGAGACAUGGACGUUAAAAACCACAAUGCUAAAUAAAUUAGAAGCAUUCCAAUUGCGGUGCUAUCGACGAUUUUUAAAGAUAUCGUGGGUUUCACACACUUCCAAUGAAGAUGUUCUUCAAAAUGAUGAAUUCAGAACGUCUGCUCAUAAACAUCAUAAAGAGGAGAACAACAGCAUACUUCGGCCAUAUAACUAAAAGAACUAAAUACCGUCUAUUUCGCCUUAUAAUACAAGGAAAAGUGGAGGGAAAGUGAUGGAUUGGUCGAAAGAAACUUUCAUGGUUGCGUAAUAUUUUUUUUUGGGGUAGUGGUAUUUUUCUUAAGACCGUCUGGGAAGGUGUCCCAGGUGUGUCGGAUUCAGUCCGUCCUAUCUUGCCGGGCCGCCUACCGACUAAACCCACCCCCUCUUUCUCCAGCCGACGGGUCUGGAACCGCUCUUAGCGAGCAUAUCUGACCCGUCGACCUUACUCAUAGCUCCUCUCCGGCACUCUAGGAACCAACCAAAGAAUGCCAGUUGACAGUUACGAGUAACUCCAGUCAUUCAUGCUUUCAUCUAUGCACGCUUUCUCAUCCACCCAUUCAUUCUGAUAUUAAGAUUAGGCAGUCUAUGUAGGUCGGAUGUAAAAAGUCCUUCCCCACCGACUGCCCCACAACGAUACAGACAACUAUAACAUAAAAGAAGAAACAAGAAUAAAAGAGAUGAGAAAAGAAAAAGAGCAGAGAGAUUAUGAGGGAGAGAAAAGAAGAGAAAAUAAAAGGGAGAGAAACAGAGAACAGAAAGAAAAGAUAGAGAACAUGAACAGGAAAAAUUGGAAAGUGAAAAUAAAUUUUUAAGGUACUGGUACACUUUAGAAGCCGAAAAAAAAUUAUUUUUUUUAAGAAUUUUUUUCUCAAAACCUUUAUCAAAAAUGAACAUAAAACUUUUUUACAUAUUAAUAUCUAACUCUUAAAGAGUAUAAAAAAUAUAUCUUUUUUCACUUAGGCAUGCACAAUAAUAUGAUAGAGGGCACAAAAGUCGAGGCCUCCAAAAAAAAUAUAUAUUAGACAAUGGUGUGGUUCCACGAUAGAAAAAUUAUUUCGCGCAGAGCCGAUAGAGAGAGGUUUCAGGAACUUGUAAACAUGAUGACAGCCAACGUCUGAAUACGGACACGGCAACCUAAGAAGAAGAAGUAAAUUUCCAGGCCUACAUGACGUAGUUUGGAAUUAUCUCUUCCAGAAAUUUUGUCUGUUUUUACUGCAUACAUUGCCAAAAGGGACCCAAUAAUGUUCGGAGGGGCCUUGUGGACUCCUCGUUAUUUAUCUUCAUUUUUGAACGACAAUAAAACUAGACCAAUCCGUAAGAGACCAGGUUAUGUUAUAGACGGAGAGGCAGCGCUGAAAAAUCUCUUUGAAUUUACUAAAGCUAAAUUUUUCACAGUUAAUUACUGUGAUUGUGUAGAGAAACAUACUGCGGUCGGUCAAGCGAAACGUAGAACAGGGGUUACUGAGAGGGUAUCAAAGUUGCUUUCCUACGAAGGUAAUUAAAUCCAUUUACUAAGGCUGAAAAUCAGUACACACAUUCUAAAUUAAAUAUAAAUAAAUAUUAUAGUCGGUAUAUUAUUAUAGUCGGUCAGCUGUAUGACGGGACAGAGCCGGUCGGUCGGCCCCAUUGAAUGUACAGAAUUAUUCACUAUAUUUUGACCCUCUUGUAAACUGCUUUAAUUACAGAAUUAGAAAAAAAUGUAAAAUACAAAAGUUAUUCGAUUUUUUAAUUAUGAUUUUUUGACAUAAUUUAUAUCGUAUUAGUGACGUCAUCCAUGUGGGCGUGAUGACGUAAUCGACUAUUUUUUUACAUGGGAAUAGGGGUCGAGUGCUAGCUUAUUUGAAAGGUUAUUCAAUUCCCUAUUCGGUAAUAUAAACAUUAACAUGAUUAAUUAUACAGGGUGUCCAAAAGAAAUUUAAUUAAAUUAUUGUUUGAUUAAUACUUCAAAAAUUUUUUUUGGACACCCUGUAUAAAUAAUGAUCUUAAUGUUUAUAGUACUGUAUAGAGCAUUGAAUAACCUUUCAAAUGAGCUAGCACACGAUCCUUAUUCUCAUUUAAAAAAAAUAGUCAAUUACGUCAUCACGCCCAGAUGGAUGACGUCACUAGUACGAUAUACAUGUCAAAAAAUCAUAAUUAAAAAAUCGAUUAACUUUUGUAUUUUGCAUUUUUUUCUAAUCCUGUAAAUAAAGCAGUUCACAAGGGGGUCAAAAUAUAGUGAAUAACCCUGUACAUUCAUUGGGGCCGACUGACUGGAUCUGUCCCGUCAUACAGCUGACCGACUAUAAUAACUUUUAUUUAUAUUUAAUUUAGAAUGUGUGUACUGAUUUUCAGCCUUAGUAAAUGGAUUUAAUUACCUUCGUAGGAAAGCAACUUUGAUACCCUCUCAGUAACCCCUGUUCUACGUUUCGCUUGACCAACCGCAGUAUGUUUCUCUACACAAUCACAGUAAUCAACUGUGAAAAAUCUAGCUUUAGUAAAUUCAAAAAAAUUUUUCAGAGCUGCCUCUUGGACUAUUAGAUUAAGUCGUUAAAACCUACGUUAUUGUUUGUUUGGGCUUAUAUGAAUGACCCAUUCGCCAAUUUUACAUUUGUUAGUUUAUUACUAGCUCAGGGGAGUAAUUUGUAGUGUGGCUGUUGAGUAAAUGUCUUGUUACUUAGUAAAGUCGACUUCAUUGUCUCUACAGAGAGACGCUUAUUGAAUCGGAACGUCUGCGGUCCCUCAGGUGAGUACCGAUCCCAGUAGGAUAGAAAUUAUUUUCGUUUAUUAAAUUUAAUAAAGAAAAAAUUUCCCAUCCAGCCGGGAUUCGAACUCACGACCUUUGGGUCCAAAGUUAGGCCUUAUCUCUUAUCUCUGACCAACGGAGAGGUUCGUUAAAACCUAACCUAAGCGUUCUAACGAGCUAUUAACCUGGAAACUAAGGUAUACUUAUAGUACCGUUUUAAAUUUUAGCUUAGAUUAAAAUUUGAUGCAAUCAAAGGACCAAAUAGGUCAUAGAUGACAAAAUUCUAGUCUAUUUUGUUACCUAAAGAAACUAAAAAGUCGUUUUUUUAUACGUUUGAAAACCUUGACAACUUGGCUCCGUAUAAAUCUCGCUCUGUCUAUCAAAGACUAAUGCGUGGAAUUACUGAUUACUCAUGGUAAAUUAGUAAUUUUAUCACACAUUCUUCAAAUAUACUGGUCGAUAUUAGUACACUACAUAUUUCACUACAAAAAUUUGCACCGGAGUCAAGUAUACCACCAAAACAAAUACUACAAAGGGAUUGAUGAACCAAGACCACAAAUAAAGAUGUUUGACUGUAUUAGUCAUUCAACAGUGCCAACACAACAAACAUAAUCUGCAUAAAGUCAACUCAACUGGUCCAUUUUGUUUGUUGACUUGAGUUGUGCAUUUAACAAUUAUCUACUUCCCCUGUAAUUCCUGAGAGUUGCUCUCAGCAGGAUCUUUUAACGAAUAUAAAAACCUCAAAGGAUUCUUCUUCUAGUGCUGACUCCACUAAUGAAGGUUGGCUAUAACCAUUGCACAUUUGUCUCUAUCUUCUGCUGUUCUUAAAAGCGUCUGUGUGUUUAACCCGGUCCAGUCGCGAAUGUUUUUCAGUCAGAAUAUUUGUCGUUUAUCAGGACCCCUGUCGUAUGCCCCAAAUAUAUUGCCUUUCUCCUUUUAAAGGUGGUGAAAAGUUCUCUGUUACCUCCCAUUCUGUGCAAUACCAUUUUGUUCGUAAUACGAUCGAUCCAUGGUAUUUUUAAAAUUCUCCUAAAAAGCCACAUCUCAAAAGCUUCCAGCUUUCUCAUUAUGUUAACAUUUACAGUCCAAGUUUCAACACCAUAAAGAAGAAUAGAGUGGAUAUAACAUUUUAGCAUGCAAUAUUGGAUUUGUAGAUUGAGUCUUUGGUUACUCAGAAAUAUCCUCAUCUUCAAAAACGCUGCUCUGGGUUGGUCUAUUCUUGAUCGAAUUUCUGAUUUCAGAUUUAGAUCUUCCUUAAUCCAGACUCCUAAGUAUUUCAUUUUGUCCACUUGUUCAACAUCUUUAUUUUUUAUCUGGAUCCCUAUUAUUACUUUACCUCUCUUACUGAUAACCGUGAUUUUGUUUUCUUUAUGUUUACUGUUAAACCAAACUGGUGUCCUGUAUCACAAAUUGUGUUCAGUAGCGUCUGCAGGUCUUUCUCACAUUCAGCGAUAAUGAAUGUAUCGUCAGCUUAACGAAUUGUAUUUAUAUUUUCACCAUUUAUCUUGAUCCUUCUGUACAGUUUUCAAGUGCUUAAUUUUUCGUAGUAUACAGGGUGUCCCGAAAAGAUUGGUCAUAAAUUAUACCACACAUUCUGGGGUCAAAAAUAGUUCGAUUGAACCUAACUUACCUCAGUACAAAUGUGCUCAUAAAAAAAGUUACAGCCCUUUGAAGUUACAAAAUGAAAAUCGAUUUUUCCCAAUAUAUCGAAAACCAUUAGAGAUAUUUUAUUGAAAAUGGACAUGUAUCAUUCUUAUGGCAGGAACAUCUUAAAACAAAAUUAUAGUGAAAUUUUUCCACCCUAUAAAAAUUUUAUGGGGGUAUUGUUUCCUCAAACCCCCCCAAAUUUUUGUGUACGUUCCAAUUAAUUUAUUAUUGUGGUACCAUUAGUUAAACACAGCGUUUUUAAAACUUUCUUGCCUCUUAGUAUUUUUUCGAUAAGCCAAUUUUUAUCGAGAUGCGCCUUCUUUUUUAAUAUGUUUACAUAAAAUUUUUAUUGGGGUUUUGUUCCUUUAAACCCCCCAAAUGUUUGUCUACGUUCCAAUUAAACUAUUAUUGUGGUACCAUUAGUUAAACACAGUAUUUUGAAAACUUUUUGCCUCUUAGUCUUUUUUUGAUAAGUCACGUUUUAUCUAGAUGUGGCAUCUUUUUCAAAAUAUACCUAAAAAUAUACAUUAUAAAUAAAUUUUCAGAUUUUUAACAGGUUUCGAUAAUCGUACUUAACCAUAUACAAAUAUGUGAUGGAUUUGACGAGUAUUCAAAAUAUCUCGAUAAACACUGGCUUAUCGAAAAAGUACUAGGAGGCAAAAAAGUUUUAAAAACAUUGUGUUUAGCUAAUGGUGCCACAAUAAUAAGUUAAUUGGAACGUACACAAAAGUUUGGGGGGAUUUAAGGGAACAAAACCCCCAUAAAAUUUUUAUGGGGUGCACAAAUUUCACUUUAAUUUUUUUUUAAGAUGUUGCUGCCAUAAGAAUGCCACAUGUUAAUUUUCAAUAAAAAAUCUCUAAGAGUUUUCGAUAUAUGAAAAUAAAACGAUUUUCAUUUUGUAACUUCAAAGGGUUGUAACUUUUUUUGUGUGCACUAUUGUAUAUAGGUAAGUCAGGUUUAAUCAACCUAUUUUUGACCCCAGAAUCUGUGGUAUAAUUUAUGACCAAUCUUUGCGGGACACCCUGUAUAUUAAAUAGUAAUGGUGAAAGUACACACCCCUGUCUCACUCCUCUACUUAUCUGUUUCGCAUCCGUGUUAUUUCCAUCUAAUAUUACCACAGCCUGUUCUUUUCGUUUUACACAUUCCAUAAGAAUUUUAUGUUUAACUUUGUCGAAAGCUUUCUCGUAGUCUAUAAAUGCGACGAAAAAAUCUUUUCUUUCUCAAAUGAUUAUAUUUAUGGACAAUUACGGACUAUAUAAAGUGAUGCAUUUUUUCGAAUUGUAAUAUUUGCCUUGUGAGGGUAGAGGAAGUACAGAAAGAGACAUGAUACAGCUCUCCAUUUGUAGAACUAUUUUCAGACAUUUACAUAUUUACUAGAGGGUAAUUUUAAAAUUUUAUUGUGUCCAUUUUUCUAUUUUACCCUAUUUCUCCACAACACCGUCUUUGCGAUGAUUUAUAUUUCUAUUUUAUUUCUUUCCUUCAGAAUUAAAUUAUUUUUGUCGAGAUUUCUAAUUUAAUAUUUUUAAUUUUCUUUCAUUUCUAUAUUAUUAGACAAUUCUUGUAAUUAUUUUUUUCUUUUAUUUAUUUUAUUUAAUUUUUACAUCUAUUAAGCAAUUUUUAUAAUGGUUUCAUCAUUUUUUUUUGUUUUCUUCAAUUUUUUCGAAAUUAAAACACUUUUGUAACAAUUUCUGGUUUCUUUUUUUUUCCAUUUUCUUCAUUAUUACGUAAUUUUUAUAGUAACUUUCUCCUUUUUUACAAUCUCUUCAAUCCCUCCAUUAUUAGAUAUAUUUUAAAUAAUUUUUAUAGCAAUUUCUUUCUACACAUUUCUUCUUAAUUCUACACAUUUUUUAGUAAUUUUAUUAAAAAGUAAACCAUUUUAAUGAUUUACUUUUCCAAUUUCCUCCAAUUUCUCCAUUAUUAGACAAUUGUUCUUCGUUUUUCGGUUUUAUUAUCCAUUUUGUACAAUUUUUCCAUUAUUAGGUCAUUAUUAUCUUAUAUUUCUCAUAUUCUUCCUUUCCUUCUUUCCAUUUUCUUCCAAUUUAUUCCAUUCUGUGCAUCAUCCUUUCUGUCGCCUGCCUUUAUGUUUUAAAAGUUUUCAUUAAACAUAUAUUUUUUUCUCUUUCACCUUUUUCUUCUCUCCACUUUAUACUAUUCUUUGCAUUUUUCUUCAAAUUUCCUACCUUUAUAUCCUAUAAAUCUUGUUUAAAAUUAUUGCUUUAACUUCGUCGUACUCUCCCUUUUACUGGCUCCAUGUUUUUUAUGUUAUUACUUUAUUUCUAUUAUGAUUUCGCUUUUGUUUUCGCCAAAUUUCUGCGUCUUUGUCCUACUCUUCCUUCUCUUUUUUCCGAUUUCUUCCAUUAUCUGCACUAUGACUCUAUAUUUGUCAUGUUUUUCUUUUCUUUCCUGUUUUCAUUUACAUUUUGGAGUAUUUCCAUGAAAGCUAGAGAACAUUAGUGGACAAGAUGAUGUUCUGAAGAUUUGCGUGAGGGGAAGAAAGUGCUUAAGAAACAUCUUUUAAACAAGUUUUAAAAUUUUCAUUAUCCCAAAGUUUUACUACUUAAUGAAGAGUGGUUUCAAAUAUUUGAUAUCAUUUAGUGUACAGGGUGAUGCAAAACUUGCGACUAAUUUUUUUAAUAGAACACUAUGUAUUUAACGCGUACAUAUUUCGUUUUUAAUCCGACUGAAUGUAUUUUAACGAUCACAAAACAAAAUCAAAUUUUCUACAAUCGUUUUUUAAAUAAAUAGUCGAAACAACGCACAAACCUGCAAGAAUCAACCUAACAUAACCUAUAAAAAUUAGCAGAAGUGUUCUAAUCUUCAGUGGAGUUUUGUUUUGGUAUAGAAAGGUUUAUGGUGCUUUAAAAUUUGCAAUUAUAUUAGUAUAUAAUUAAAAAUUGUAUAUAAUUUAUAGAAAAAAUUAUAAUGGGACGAGGAUAGGUAAAUUUAAUAGUACAAGGGCACUUGAAAAAUUGUAUAAUAGAAAAAUAUUGCGAUACGUACAGUAAAUGACAAUAUGAACGUGGUUUUUAUUAUUCAAAUGUUUUAUUUAUACGAAAUUUUGUCAUAAUUGUCAAAAUAUGUCGAAAAAUGACAAGAUUGACAAAAUGUGUCACUUGUCACAAAACCAUUGUCACUUGUCUUUAAAAAAACGUACAGAUCCUUGCGUCGUUCCCCAAAACAUGUUUCAGCUGUUUUUUUAGUUAAAUAUUGUAUAACCGAUUUGAUAUCAGCACUCAAAACCACCACGGGGGUCAUAACGAGAUAUUUUUAUAACAGUGUUACUAAAUAAUAUGGAAUAUAUUCAAUGUAGAGCUGGGUUCUAUCGAAUUUUUUGCUUAAAUAUAGAUAUUUAGCUGUCGACGACGUUUUGACGUUUGACAGAUAGGCCAGCUGUUAGCGCGCUCCCGAAUAUAGGCAACCAGUAAUACUUUUUUACUUCUGAAUUAAAAAUUUCGUUUGUUUUGGCCUCUUCGCGAAUAUGAGAAUGUGAAAUUCAAUAAAAGUAUGUGUAAGAAGGGAGGCUUUUUGGAGGGACCAGAUUUAGAGUUAACAUAAGCAAUGUUCGUCUUUUUGAAGCAUAUAUUUCAAAAAAUUCAUAUUCAAACAUUUACGUUUGUAUGUGCCAUGCGCGUCUUAUUUACAGGUGCUAAGAGAAAAAGUGAUCAGGUUUCUGACAAUUUAAAGGCAAUUUUUUUAUUUAUUGUUAAGUUUGUCAAGAUUGGGGAAAAUACGUCUCAUUUUUAAUAAAGUACAGAACUACCGGACAGUUUUACACAAAAAUCGAUUGCUAUUGUAACAAUUAAAAACAAAAACAAUACAUUGUGUUAUUGGUUGCCCAUAUACGGAAUCGAAUGAACUAAAGUCAUAAGUAUGAGCAAAACAUUGUUUUCUCUUAUGAAGUAUAGAUUUGCACUGCUUUACUUUUGUAAAGUGAAGCAGAUAAGAUGAUUAGCAAUAAAAAAUAUUAAAUGAACGGCAAAUCUGCUUCCUUCAAGUUAUUUUUUCCCUUUUUACCCGCGUUUUUCUGUCAUUUUCCUGAUUUUUAACUGCGGUGCCUUGAUAUUUCUUAAGAUGUGCUAGCUAGAGUGCUAAUAGGAUUUAAAAAAAUAAAAUUCGUAUCAAGCUAUGACUUUCCUAAGUAUUUUUACGUUUUUCCUUUGUACAUCCUUUUUGACAUUUCUAUAGUUGUUUUCAAUCGAUUCCUGCCCUAUUUUGGCAGAUAAUGAUGUUUUGGAAAGCUCCUCGUUAUCCUAUUGUAUGCGCCACUUCUGCAUUUCUUAUCUCAUAGAAUUAAGUAUCUGGUAUCAAAGUUGCGCUUCUAUAUUCUAUUAAUGCAACGCCUUUUUGUUGAAUUUAGGAACAUUUCUUUAGAUUUCUGCUACCUUAAACAAGAAUUUCGUGAUAUUUCCAUGCAUAUAAGUCCUUUUCAUGAGCAUUUUUCAGUGCGUCAUAAAAUGAUAGAAAAAAAGGUAAGACCGUGAUAAUACACAUUUAUAACAUUUAUUCUAACAUGACAUUUUAGUUAAAUCUGACAGUUGUCCCAUUUUAUUUGCAAUUUGGCAUAAAAACAAAUCAAUUGUGUUUAUUGCAUUUAUACAAUGGUAUUUUCUUUGAUUUGUAUAGUCUUAUAAAUUGUACAGAUUAUAUUCGUAGAUAUAUUAUAUAAUUCGUAAAUAAUUUUUUUUCGAUUAUAGCGCCAUCUAUCGACAACUGGAAUAAAUGAUAUAAAUCUCUGUAAUCACAGACGUGUCUUUUUUUCUGUCACAUACAAUUUAAUGGGUUAGAAAGAAAUCGAAAAACUGUGACGCACUGAAAGAUGCUCAUGAGAAAAAGAAUACGAUCACUGCCGACUGACUUUUUACUUAAUGUACUGCAUCGUGACAAGACAUCUCGUAACCGCACAAAUGGUAACGGACGAAUAGGUAUAGCUACGAACUGACGCCGUUACGAAUUAUGGCGUUACGAUUUGUGGCGUUACGAGAUGUCAUGGAACCAUUUUGCAUGCUUGCUUUUUACUAUUGCUCCUACUUGUGACUUCUUUUGCUGUCUUCGUAGCAGUAAAUUCACAACAAACAGACCACCAUAAGGUAGAAGAAUUGUUUUGUAUCAAAACUGAAGGGGGAAUAAGUGAUUAUUUUCAGCCUUCAACGAAAAAGCUUUGUAUUUUCUUACGCAACGGUACUGAAUGUAAAAAAAGUGUUGAAAAGUUAGUAUGGGUUCUGUUGUCUAAUCAAAUUAGUCCGGGCGCUGGCGGUAUUUUUCGGUCGUUGUGACGUAGAUAAUUUUUUAUUAAAGGUUCAUUUAAGUGUUCUGUGUCAAAUGAAGCAAUAUUACUUGGAUGUUAAUAUAUUUACUUCAAGUUUUUCGAAUCAAAACUCAUAUUACACCAAUAAAUAAAUCAAAAUCAUUUUUAUAUGGUUUAAUAGUAAGUAAUAGAUAUUGCGGUGCUUUUAAAAUGAUUCUAUGGGCCGGUUUCACCAAUACCAAAUUAAUUAGUGAGUAGUUGAUAUUGGUCAAAUAAAAUUUAUUAUACUCAAAGAACAAAGUAGUUGGCAAUGCAUUGUUGCACAAAAAUUACUUAUUGCUUACUAAAAUAAUAGUAUAUGUAUAAAAUUGCAAGGUAGAUUGCUUCUAACUAAUUCAGAUUGCGCUAGUCUCAUAAGGACUGCAUGGCUGUCUUGCGGCCUCGGGUAUACGGAAGGAAUAUUCUACGUCUUCGCCUGUUCUGCGUAGCUUGACUGAUGAGCCGUAAACGGCGAAAACGUUCUCAAGAUGGCAGCACAGACGAAGGUGAGAAUAUUUCUUUCCCGUAUAUUAUUUUACAUAUUAUUUUGAUACUUUUUAAAAAGUAGAAAAUUGCGAGAUUAUUUCCUGCUUGUUUGACGUCGUAGGUAUUUUCUAAUAAAUACCAGGCGCCAUCUAGUGGCCUCAAUGUAGAGACACAGAUAGGUUUCGUACCUAAACGAGCAAGGUAGAUUGCUUCUAACUAAUUCAUAAAAUUAUAAUUAUAUACACCCAAAAUUAUAGUAUAAUUUUGCACGCCACUGAAAUUACUUCUUUUUCUCCUCAAAUUCCGUAAUGAUGUACGAACUUAGAAAUGAAUCACUGACAACUAUUUCGUUCUCUGACUAUAGUCGGUUAUAUUUUUAUCGUGUUUCAAUACAAUUUUAAUAAUUUAAAGUUAAACUAACGAAUUUUCUUUGUUAUAGAUAUUUAAAAUGAGGUUAACUUGUCAAUUUAUUCGAAGAAUCAAUGAUACUUAUUUGAUAAAUAAAUAAAUUAAGUCUUAUAUGACGUUGGUCUGACGUAGGUAUGUCAGUUUUAUUGGUCGAAUAACUUUAUUCGUCGCAUAAAUUACUAUUCGUUGUUGGUGAAACCGUCCAUUUGUAAUAUAAAAAUACUAUUGAAGUACACAUCCAUUAUACUCUGGGCUAAUUAGCAAAAUACAGGGAAAAGUUAUUUACCGAAUCUUAUCGCAGUUAAUCGAAUCUUAUAAUUGUAUAUAUUAAUAAUAUAGGUAUGCAAAGUCCGCAGAUAGUGUGCUACUUUUUUUAUAAACAAAAUGACGCCCGAAAAUCGUGUUUUUUUUUAAAUUUUUGCUCUAUAACUCCAAAGAUUUCAACUUUACACCAAAAACAACCAAAUAAAAAUUCACCAUAAUUAAAUUCUGCAUAGAGACGUAUUUUUUCCGAUUUACUUCGACGAAAAUUAAGCAAUUGUUUAUCAAUAAUUAAAUAACUUGGUAAUAUAAAAACUCUUUUCGUAUAGAUUAUAAUUCCAGAAGCCGAUGGAAAUUGAAUGAACAGUUUAGCAACAAUUGAAUUGCUAAUUAAAAAUUUACGGUCGCUAUAAUAACCACAAUAAUUAUGAUACAUAAGAAUAACUAUGAUUUUUGUAUAAAAAUACACUGUACCUAUGUAAUGUACUUUACAGAAUUGAAAUUGAACUAUUUAAGCGGCCUCAGGAAUAUUUUAAAAUUAUAAACAAUUAUUUGGUUUAAAUAAAUAGAAUAUCUCGGGAAAUAUUAAAUUAAAUUAAAUCGUGAAAACGGUGUUGAAAAAAAAGCGGCAGGACGCUUCUUUUAAAAGAAAAAACGUUUAAUUGUAAUAAGUGGUUCCUGAGAUACAACCGGUUAAAGUUGACCGGCAUUUACGGCAAAUAUUUAAACAACAGGAUCAUAAUUUUCAGACCAUCACCUUUUUAUUUUUGUUCUCUGUCUCCGUACCAAUUUUCAUAUCUUUAAAAUACUCAUAACAUAUAUUAUUAUAAUAAAAACUAUCGAUAUUACGAGUGAAAAUUGCCAAAAAUAGCAAAAUUCCAAUAAAAAAUUAGGUUGGAGAAAAUGUAAUCCAAAGUUCAAAAUCGGUAUAUGUUAAAAAAAUGCAUUUUCUCGGCUUCCCAUGGAGCAAUUUUCUUCAUUCUUUUUUUUGUUCCCAAGUAACUCGAGUAGAGCCAUCUAACUAACGCAUUAUUAAAUGUCUAACUUGCUUUUGUUUUGUUAUAAUAGAUUAAUUUAUUUAUAAGAAAAAAGAAAACUACAUAUUUUUUCCAGUUGUAGACUUUUUAUUAGAUAAACUUACUACAAGUGUACCUUUUAACGUUAAAAACCCAAAUAUUCUCAUUUGAAAACUGUCUACUUAUUUGAACAAUUUUUAGUUAAACAAAUUUAAAAUUUUUGUUAUAAUAAAUAAAUAAAUUUAUUAUAACAAAACAAAAGCAAGUUUGACAUUUAAUAAUGCGUUAGUUAGAUGGCUCUACUCGAGUUACUUGGGAACAAAAAAAGGAUGAAGAAAAUUGCUCCAUGGGAAGCCGAGAAAGUGCAUUUUUAACGUAUACCGAUUUUGAACUUUGAGAUUACAUUUUCUCCAACCUAAUUUUUGAUUCGAAUUUUGCUAUAUUUGGCAAUUUUCACUCGUAAUAUCGAUAUUUUUUAUUAUAAUAAUAUAUGCUAUGAGUAUUUUAAAGAUAUGAAAAUUGGUAUGGAGAAAGAGGACAAAAACAAAAAGGUGAUGGUUCGAAAAUUAUGAUCCUGUUGUUUAUAUUUUUGCUGUAAAUGCCGGUCAACUUUGACCGGUUGUAUCUCAGGAACCACUCAUCACAAUUAUACGUUUUUUCUUUUAAAAGAAGCGUCCAGCCGCUUUUUUUCCAAUACCGUUUUCAUGAUUUAAUUUGAUUUAAUAUUUCCCGAGAUAUUCUAUUUGUUUAUAAGCCAAAAUUCAUAUUUUAUAGAAAAAUCAUAGUUAUUCUUAUGUAUCAUAAUUAUUGUGGUUAUUAUAGCGACCGUAAAUUUUUAAUUAUUAAUUCAAUUGUUGCUAAACUGUUCAUUUAAUUUCCAUCGGCUUCUGGAAUUAUAAUCUAUACGAAAAGAGCUUUUAUAUAAAAGAGCACAUUUUGAUGAACCUUAUUUAUCUUGCCUAGCAUUAGUCCCAGAAUCCUAAAGAAUUCUACCAAUCAUCAUUUUAAAAAAGAAAAAUAGAGUUUUUUUUUCUGCGAUGCAAUGCAUAUACAUAUACUCCCAUAAAAAUAAAGGAAUGGGAAAAAAAUUACGUUUUUCGUGUUUUUGGCUGCGAUUUUUGAACAUUUUUUUACCAAAAAAAAUUAUUUAGGAAAUUAAAUUUUUUAGAUUCAAUUUAACAACUUUUUGUAGAUCUACUAAAAGUGCAUAUAAUUCAGCCUAAUUCACCCUAACGUGGAAGGGGCUAAUUCAUCCCUUUCUUAAUAAACCACCAUUUCUCAAAAAAGCACCCCUUUAAAUGGUAGCAGUCCGCUGUUUUUUCAUAUUUGGGGGGUCCGUUGAAUAUAUGAAACAAUAAAACAUCUUCAACGUUGCAAUUCCUUUUUAAAGCACAUAAUUAGUAGCCUAAUAAUUCCAAUGUUACAGAAACACUGCAAAAUAACCAAUGAUUUUUAUUUUCAUUAACAAUAUGAUCUCACGAUUUAUUUUUUACAAGGAGGGCAUUUAGCAACGACGAGAAAGAUACCGCUUCACCCGGCACAUUGUUGAAGAUACCUCAUCUUCCUUUGUAAUAUAAAAUUGAGAAAAAAAGAUAUCAUAGUUUUUUCUACGAUGAGUUGUACAUAAUGUAGAUUUUUCUAAAUAACCAUAACCGAUUUUUCUUUAUAAGAAAAUCUUUUUAAAGAACAGGUAACGUUACAAAAAACUGUAAGUAAUUGUAUAAUUGUUUUUUUAAACUUAAACCUAUGGAUAUAGAUAUAUAAUUUUUGUUAUAGAUUAAUAUUUAAUAUAAUAAAACAUGAAAUGAA